UUGCUCUUAUUGGUUGCGGAGUAGACGAAGAGUGAAGUGGCGGUGUGUGUCAUUUGGAACGGAGCGAACAGGAGCUGACUGGAGUGGUGGAGUUUCGGGCCUACGGUUAUGGCCAAGUGGCUUCGGGAGUACCUGAACUGGGGUAGGCACGAGGGGCACAGCUCUCCGCGGGCAGUGAAAUCGGAGCUUGGAGGGCGGGAAGGGGCCAGUGGGACUGCGGCUCGGACCGACACCGAGUUCAUGCUCAGAGCCUACCGACUGCAGAAAGAGCGAGAUUUUGAGGAUCCUUACCGCGGGUGGCAGGCGCUCAGCCUGCGAACAGUCAGGACUGCCCGGCAGAGUCAACUGCCCGAAGAGCCGCCCUUUUGCCAUAGCAACAGUGAGAGAGCCGAAACUAGCAACUGCAACUCCACAAAACAUCGGCUGGUUAAAGUCGACAGUCCCUCCCCGGCACGCAACGCAACCAUCAGCUGGAACCACAGGAGCAACUGCAAGAAAGUGCAGAAACCCCAGCAGAGCGACCUCACGAAAGACCGGGUUGCCAUGAGAGAUGACUAUUCUGAUCCAUUUGAUGCCAAAAAUGAGUUGAAAAACAAAGUUGUCAAAAAGCCAGAGAUGGACAAUAAUGGUUACAUGGAACCUUAUGAGGCACAAAGGAUGAUGGCAGGGAUUCACAGGUGUAAAAACCAGAGGAAAGUAAUUCAGCUUUAUGAUACACCUUAUGAACUUGAACAGAACAGUGCAGCCUCAGAUACAGAAAGUGAUGCUAGUUACCUAAAUGAAACCAACUUACCGCAAGACGACACAAGGCCUGCUGAGGAAUAUGACCAGCCAUGGGAAUGGAGUAAGGUUGCAGGCCCAACUCUUGCAGCCCAGAUCAGUGGAUUUCAGAGAAGACAAUCGUCCUUCUUUUGUGAUAGACGCAGGCACCUGAGACCUUCAGGUCGAAACAAAAUUCAGGAGUUUUGUGGGAUUGUAGGAGAGACAGUGAAUCCUAACACCCCACUGGAGAAACAAGUAUGGUAUCAUGGGGCCAUUAGCAGAACAGAUGCAGAAAAUCUUCUCCGGCUGUGUAAAGAAUGCAGUUAUCUCAUACGAAACAGUCAGAGGAAAAAGAACAAUUACUCACUUUCACUAAAGAGUAACCAAGGUUUUAUGCAUAUGAAGCUGACCAGAACUAAAGAUAAAUACAUCUUGGGAGAAAACAGCCUUCCAUUUGACAGUGUUCCUGAGAUCAUACACCACUAUUCUACCAGGAGACUACCAAUUAAAGGAGCAGAACACUUGUCACUGCUGUACCCUGUAGCAGUGCGAACAUUAUAAUUUUUUUUCCUAACUUCAGCUUCCCUCCUAUGGAUGGGUGGAUCCAUUAUUUCAAUGUAUAUGAGCUGGGCUAACCACUAUUAAGUGGCUCUGUUGUAUGUUUUAGUUACAUUCACAGAUACAUUACUGCACACUAUGAUUGUGUUACCUGUGUAAGCACCAGAAAAUUGAUCUCUGGGUGACAUGAAUAUUACUUUGUUCAGAGAAGUACCUGUUUAUGUUAACCCUGCCAAAGUUGUUAUUGAUACUUGGUUGAUCUACUUCAAUAUUUAAAAUCUUCUUCGUCUGAAGUUGGUCAAAUUUGAUACAGCACGCUGUGGUGUAUAUAAUUCUGUACAAUUGGUCUCUGACCUUAGUGGUUAUUUGAGCAUUUGGCAGUGUAAUUAUACUUUGAGAAUUGCAACAUGUUCUUUAGUUUCAGACAAUAGAAAUAUAUUUAACUUCAUGUUAGACGCUGGUAUUUUCAUUAAUAUGUAUAUGGGUUAAGAGGAGCAUUUAUUUAAUUAGCACCUUGCUCUCUCUGGGCUCCAUAAAAAUGCUUCAUGCCCCAGCGAAUUUGUUUCUAAAUGUAGUCAUCCUAUUGUAACCAAACAUAGCGGCCAUUGACUACACAACUUGACAUCACUAUUUCAUCUAAAAAUUUGAAUGCUCUACAUGUAGGCAGAAGGGCAGAGAUCUGUGUGAAUACUUUACGUAAGGCAAAGAUAAAGUUUAUUCUUUCAGAUUGUUUAUACAAUAAAAGGUAAGUUCAGAAAAAGUGUAACAAUCUGGUAGGUGGUGUUUUUCUGUAGUCAAACCACCAGGGUGAAUUCAUCUCAGUGAAUCAACAUUGAAUUUAAAAAGUUAACAAUCAUUCAUGGCUAGACCAACAUUUUUUGCCUGUCCCUAGUUGCCCUUUCAAAGAAGGUGGUAAGCUGCACUCCAUUUGUUCCAGGUAGACACUCAAUACCCA